CAUCACACAUCACAUUUUGAAUUCAACGUCAACUCGUUUAUUUUGGAAGAGUAAACGGAACUUAAAUCUCCCCACUUUCUAACCUAAUCUUGGUGGUGUCUGCGGUUGCAGGACGCGGUGGACAGCAGCCGGACAGAAAUCUACAAAGAUGGCGUCAGCCACAGCGACCUAUGGACAGAAGGAGUCCUCAGACCAGAACUUUGACUAUAUGUUCAAGAUCUUGAUCAUCGGCAACAGUAGUGUGGGUAAAACGUCCUUCUUGUUCCGUUACGCCGAUGACUCCUUCACCCCCGCCUUUGUCAGUACGGUGGGCAUCGACUUCAAGGUGAAGACCAUCUACAGGAAUGAUAAGAGGAUCAAAUUACAGAUCUGGGACACGGCGGGUCAGGAGCGUUACCGCACCAUCACGACAGCUUACUACCGAGGGGCCAUGGGCUUCAUCCUCAUGUAUGACAUCACCAACGAGGAAUCCUUCAAUGCUGUCCAGGACUGGUCCACUCAAAUUAAGACAUACUCAUGGGACAAUGCCCAGGUGCUGCUGGUUGGAAAUAAAUGUGAUAUGGACGAUGAGCGCAUGGUGAGUGGCGACAGAGGCCGGCAGCUGUCUGAACAUCUCGGUUUUGAGUUCUUCGAGGCCAGCGCCAAAGACAACAUCAACGUGAAGCAGACCUUUGAGCGUCUGGUCGACAUUAUUUGUGAAAAGAUGUCUGAGAGUCUGGAUGCUGGUGAUCCCGCCAUCACGGGAGCCAAGCAGGGGCCUCAGCUGACAGAGCAGCCUGCUCCACCACACCAGGACUGUGCAUGUUAAAGAUGGCCAUCUGUUUCCUUCUUCUCCUCCACGCUCCGAGCGGUUCCAGUGUCCAUCAAACUUUUCACCAACUUUCGAGCUUCCUUCUUCUGACUGAGGACCAUUGGCUGAUGGUCCCAAGAACCAUCUUGUAAAAGUCUCUGAAAUGAUUCUCUGAGCAGACCAGUUCUUGAGGUGCACUUGUUUGUUACACCAUAUAAUAGUUAUGCAAUCUUUUUUUUUUUUUUUUUUUGUAUGUUCAAUCACGCCACCAUGUUUCAGACUCUUUGUAACCUCAGGUUCUUCUGGAUUGUUUUAUUGUUUCUGUGUGUGUGUCUUUAAAAGGAUUUGAUGGCAUCCAUCCACCCUCAGAGUGCCAUUGAAAUCCUUCUGAAGUUUACAGUACUUUUGUUUGUUGGGAUCUAGUGGACAAGAACUCAACAGUGGAGUCAUGUUUGGUGUACUAAAAUCCAUCUGUGUUCAGUUUGUUAUACAGUCGGGUAUGAAUAUAUUUGUCUCACCUUUUAUCUACAUAUUGUCAUUGAAGGUAUCAAGACCCAAGCUUUUUUUUUUUUUUUUUUACAUUUCUGAAACUUGUUUUUUAUUGUUGUGUUGCUUUUUAGCUGCAUCAAGCACUGGAUGGAUGAACAAGAUUGAGAAAAUGAGUUAAGAUGAAAUGGUAUUUGAUUACAUUUUAUUUAUUUCAGAUGUAGACAUGAUUAUUGUGCAGUACAUAUGAUAUAUACAGAUGUAUUUCUGGAAGUAAACUUUAUGAAGAUAUAAAGGUCUAUGAUGAUAGUAUUAUAUACUA